UUCAGUUUACGUAUAAGUUAUUUAGUUUAAGUAGUGCUCGCGAGAUCAUCAUCUCACAGAGUCACUAGUUUAUUUAAAGUUAUAAAUAACUUUAUUUAGCAUUUAUUUGUAGCAUACAAUUAACACCUACAGUUCAACCUUACGUUUGUUACGUUUGUUUAUAUUCACCACAUAUUACAUCACAUUAAUAACCGGGUCUAUCAUCAUCAUAAUUUUAAGAACAGAAGAAGAAGCUCUUGUCGGUGGAGUAAUCGACAUUCUGUUCUUAUCUCUGCCACUGUUUUGAGCUGCUGAUGCGUCACUCUUUGAUUUCUUUUAGCUUGGUCCAAAAAUGUAUGUCUCGGUCUUCCUCUGCCUCUAUUUUUUGCUAUUUAUCUUUAAAUUAUAGACUUUAUGUAAGUAUCUUGCCGUAUCAGGUGCCCCAACAUGUUUCCCCUUCUAUUUUCAAUCAUUCUCCUCUCUUCUCUCACCUACUACAUCUACUACUUCUGUGUUUGUUUUCCUCUCUUUCCAGCUUAUACCUUUAAUUCUAUUCGCCGGGUCUAAGCGAAUUUAUUUUGUUUUCUUUAUUUACCGACAUUUUGAGACAGGUUACAUUGGUUAUGGUCGCGGCUAAAUGAUAUCUCAACAAAAUGUAAAAAAAGAGAUUUGUGUUACUUAUAAAUGUGUUUUAGUGUGUGGUCAAAACGUUUAAAACGUUUUAAAUGUUAUAUAGGUAUUCACCACACUUUGAGAUAGGGUGCGCCGCGCUGUCAACGUGAUCUUUACCUUACAGGUGAGUUAAUGCAUAUUAUUUGCAUGACAUACAACCCCCCAGGGCUCUCAAUUAACUCGGCGUAAACAUUGUUAGUGUCCAAGCUAAUUAGAAGUGGCUUUUGACCCAAUUACUUAUAAGCGCAAUUAAGGAAAUUCAGUUGCAAAUAGACUUGAAGGGUGAACAGUUGUGUCCAGAGAUGGAAGAGGAAGAAGGUGUAUCCGGAGAGUUUGGGAAGGUGUGCAUCAGGAAGCAAAGGAGAAAGCGGCAGAAGCUCCUCAUCAUAGAACUGUUCCUGGACUUCGCGAAGAACACCACCCUCCACGGCCUGCGGUACAUCACUGAAGUUGGACUUACAGUUGUAGAGAAAGUGUUUUGGGUCCUAACGUUCGUGGCCAGUGUGGUCCUGUGCUUCAUCCUGAUCGAACGAGUGUGGCACAAGUGGUGGUACAGCCCUGUCAUCGUGUCGUUCAACGAAAUGAUGAUUCCUGUCGGAGAAGUACCAUUCCCAUCCAUUACAAUAUGUCCGCAGUGGAAAUGCAAAACGUCGGCUUAUCGAUACACGGAAAAAUUUGUAAAGUAUGGAAAACGACGCAAACCCAAUAACAAUAUCGAUAGAGAGUCUUUAUUUUCAUCAGAAGUUAAUGAGGAGGAUGAGAGAAUAUUACUUGAAGAUGCUUUCUUGGUCUGUGAAAACUUUUACAGAUACUUGACGCUUCGAAACAAAUCGAAUGAAUCUCUUGUAAACAAUUUAAUACACAUGGCACCAGAUGUAGAAGAAGUGAUGCUUUCCUGUUCGUGGAGAGGUCAGGGGGUGCCAUGUGGAGAGUACUUCAAAGAAGUUCUCACCAGCGAAGGCGUGUGCUUUAACUUUAACUCUUUAUCAUAUGACGACAUUUUCAGAACCAAAAGCAUUCAAAACGAAUACAUCUAUCUAAAUGCUUCAACCCCAGCAAAUAAAUGGAAUAUUAUUUCUGGAUAUUCGAGUCCAACUUCUAAAAGAAAAAAGAAGAAGACAAAAGGAAAAAGAGCAAAAGUAGAAGAUGAUUCAGAAGAAUAUCCACGGCGUGGCCAGGAAAAUGGUGCGCGACCGGAUCUAGAAAUUAUACUCGUUGAAAACGCGACAGAUGUAGACGAAUCUUGCAAUAGUCUGUCUAAUGGCUGGAAAAUCUACCUCCAGCACCCAGCUGACAUGCCCCAGGCGUCAUUGUACUACUACGCAGCCAUCCCCGAUCAAGUCACCUCUUUGGCUCUAAAAUUCAGUAUCCUUAAUACGUCGGAAAGCUUGAUGAACUACAAAUCUGAACAGCGUCAAUGCUACUUCCCCAAGGAUCGCAAGCUCCAGUACUUCGCGACGUACACGCCAGACAACUGCCGACUGGAGUGCCUGUCGCUGUACACCUAUAAGCGGUGCGGAUGCGUGUGGUAUCACAUGCCUCACCACAACAGUUCAGAAAUAUGCACAGCGCAGCAAAGACGGUGCGUUGAAAAGGCACAAGAUGACUUGGCUUCAAAUAAACUAAAGCGGAGCAAAUGUAAUUGUUUGCCGUCGUGCGACAGUGUUCAUUACGAUGCAGAAAUACUCAAAACUAACUUUGAUAUCAAAAAACAUAUUAAAGCUAUGAACAAAAAGUAUGAUUACACUAUAUCAGACAACUACAAUUAUUCAAGGUUGGAAAUUUACUUCAAAGAGCCCCGAUUCGUGUCCAUGCGGCGAUCAGAGCUAUUCGGAUUAACUGACUUCCUGGCCAAUUGCGGAGGGCUGCUGGGCCUGUUCCUCGGGUUCUCCUUCCUCAGCCUUGUUGAGAUCUUCUACUUCUGUACUCUAAGAUUAUGGUGUACACUGAAAAAGGACAUCAAAAUAGAAAAGAAGAAGUUGAAGGAAAGCAUGUACAGAAAAUAGCUUUUUUUACAGAAUACAUACUGUACCUUUUUAUAAUGUCUGUAAAUCUUUCUCAAAAACUAAAAUGAUUUAAUAAUUAUUUCUCUAAGUGAACGUUGUAUUUUGCCAAUAAAUGUGUAGUAUGUGUGUAGUACGUAAAUAAUUGUUACAUUCAUAUUUAAAAAGAAAUACUUACAUAAUAUUUUUUUUUAUAAAAGAAUAUUUAAAUGAAGCACAAAAUACGAUACUCGAUAGCCUUGAAUUUGUACAACAAUCCCCCCUUUUGAUAAAAGAACCGCGUCACCUAUCUUCCAGGGAACUCUGAAAUUAUACGUCGUCAACGUCGUCGGACUGACGACCGCGCGAGAUUUAUUGCGCCGGCGCAUCAAAGCGGACAAGAUGGCCGCCGCCGCCAUGUUUAGAUCGCGUCGUGUCUCGUUAGAAGUUUAUUAUUCAAUCAGCUGCCUUAUCUGAUAGCUUCGAUUGCAGCGGCGAAUUAAGUGGAGAUAAUUUUGCGGAAAAAGCGAGGCGUCAAGUCCUGGUAGGUUACUUACUACUCACUUACUUGUCCUUAAAUAGACCAGUUUUUUUUUGGGAAAUCAAUAUGAUGAAUUUGCUGCUAGUUAAAAUUAUAAAUAACAAAAUAAAAUCUCUGUCUUCUUCGUCGUUCUUUUUCUAUCAAAAGGUUUUAGAACCUUAAAUAGGCGUAAAAAAUGAUUCAACUGAUGAGCUGUCUUCCUACUGCCCAAUAUUCUUAAUAAAGAACACUUUAUGUUAUGUGGUUCCUGUCGAGGAGUU